GUUCAAAGUGGACACCCUCAUCUCGGAAGCGAGCGAGAAUCUGGCUGCUUUGGGCCAUAAUAGUUAUUGUCAUUUUUACUGUGAAAAAUAUAAUUACCACUUCUAAUGGUUUGCAAUCUUUUUGGUGGAAAAUGUCGGGUUUACCAGUGAUCGAAUUGUAGUUUCCGUGUUUAAAUUCAAUCGGCAACUCGUGAGCAUUACAGGCGUUAUAAAAUUGUGCGAUUGAAGCGUUUGGCGGCGGUCUAAUUUCGAUUUUAAGUUUCUCGCUCGUCAACAGUGGGAUCUUGGCAGUCAAAACAGAUUCUGUUUUAGUUCGGGCGCAGGUACCACUGGGGGGAAAUAUCCGGUGAACGACGACGGUGGCAACAUGUCUACGGGACUGAUGGACAAGUCCUUCGUGAGCAGCACCGAUGAGUUGUUCUACCUCAAAUGGAACAAUUUUCAAAAAAAUGUGAGCACCCAGUUCGAGAAGCUGCGGGAGGAGGACGAUUUGGUGGACAUUACCUUUGCAUGUGAGGGCAAGAAGCUGACUGCUCACAAAUUGGUGUUAUUUGCUUGCAGCCCGUUUUUCAAGGAUCUGCUGAAGAAAAAUCCAUCUCCGCAUCCUGUGUUUUUCAUGAACGAAGUUAAAUACGACGUAUUGAAAGCGAUUCUGGAGUAUAUGUACCUGGGCGAAGUGCACAUCACCAAUGAAAAUUUAAAGGAUUUCAUUAAAACUGCUGAAGCUUUACAGAUUCGCGGAUUGAGCAAGGAAAAUAACGUAUUAUCAAAUACACAGGGCGACCUCGUGAUGCCUCCCGCAAAUCCACAAAUUCCCUUGCGUAAGGACGACAAAGAGACUACGGUCGUAGAAAACGUUCACCUGUUGGACGAAUUCUGUCGCAAACGGUCGGAACCGACGGCCGAAUUGACCCAGACUACGGUCGGAUUGAACAUCAAGCGAAUGAAAACCGUCGAUACCCAGAUUCCAUCAGUUAGCGGACAGGACAGUGUAUCCAAUGUAGAACCCAAAGUGGAGAUGGUCGAAUAUUUGGAAACCGAGAGCACCAACCACCAGUCACCGACCUACUGCAGUAUGGACAAUUACACGGAAAAGAGCACACCCCGCAACAAUAUUGUGCACAUGGGUCAAUUGAACAAUUCCGGUUUUGCUCAAACCCAACCUGGAAGUUCUGGUCACCAGCAGCAACAACAACAACAACAGCAGCAGCAGCAACAGCAUGUUCACCACGAGUAUAAAUCUGAAGAGGACAGCAGUUGGAUGGACAAAUCUUUGGAUAACAUUUCAGAUAACUCCGAGCAAACGCCCGGAGUCAAAUUCAAAGGGAAAUCCGGUGGCAAUCGUUCGAAUCGCUCAACCGACGACAAAACCAACUGCUUGACGCCUCGCUGUUGUCCCGUUUGUUCACGACUGUACUCCAACGUGUCUAACCUGCGGCAACACAUGCGGUUAAUCCACAACCCAACGGCGGUCUGCUGUCCCAUCUGUCAAAAGCACUUCAAUUCGGAACUCUAUCUGAAACGGCACUACUCGUCAAUACACUCGAUUAACACAGGCAACCAGUCCGAUGGCGAGCUGGUCGAACAGAAACCCACAACGACGCAGCUAACCACACAGCAAGCGCAAGCACCAACUCCUCAGCAACAGCAGCAACAACAACAGACCACCCAGCAGCAGCAACAGCAAGCUCAACAGCAAACCCAACAGGCUCCGCCUACGGCAACAGCCAACACAUGGAAUCCAUAUCAUCAUCACGACACAACGCAGUUGGUGAAUCCAUUCAUAAAAUAAUCACUAUUAGCCGCCUCUAGCACUAGUGGUAAGUCAUACGUGAAGGUACAACAACAGCAGCAGCAGCAACAUAGUCUUUCUCAGUUGGUCACAAUCUGUACGGUGGGUUCACAGGCUGUUGACGGCCCUUCUUUCCAGCAGUGAUGUGGAACUAGAUCCAGUUAUCCUGCUAUUUAUAGGCAAUCUAAUGUCUAAAGUGUACGUGUCCGUUUAAGAUUUUAUAGCUUCAAUUUUAGAUGUUAUAUAAUUGCUUAAGAGUAAAAACAUAGCAGUGCAUUACAGAGAUCCUAGGUACUGUUUGGAACGCUA